CAAAAGUCUUUCUAACUUCCAUGAUUUCUCUCAGUGAUAAGUCCUACCCUAAUCAUAUGUGUAUUAUGCAUUCCAACUUUCUAAUUAAUCAUCAUCUUAAAUUUACCCAUUUAACCUUUUCUUUGCAAUAAAGCUUCACUCUACACCUGCAAUGCAAAGUCUCAAACACCUAUGACCUUUACUUCACCAUGCUUCCAUCUCUUUUCUGCACUUUCCUUGUCAUAUUUCUCCUCCACAACCCGUCAUGCAUCGACUCCAGAGGAAACCCGGGAUUUGCACUAACGCAGCCAGUGGAAACCACCCAAGACUAUAACAACUACACGUGGCACAACUUCAAAAGCUUCCUCAAUGCCGGGAGGGGCAGCCACGUCAGCGGCAUGUCCGAGCUCAAAAGAUACUUCCAUCAUUUCGGUUAUCUCCAGUUAAGAGAUUUCGAUAACAUAACAGAUAUUUUCGAUGCUCGGUUCGAAUCGGCAGUUUUUCGGUAUCAAGCAAAAGUAGGUCUCCCUAUAACCGGUAAGCUCGAUUCUGAUACCCUCUCGCAAAUAAUGGCACCGAGAUGCGGGGUACCCGAUACGGUUCAAAAACUGCAUGCUUCAAGAAAUUACGUUUAUUUUCCAGGGAAACCUCGGUGGAGUCGCCACAUACCGAUGAAUCUCACGUACGCGUUCUCGCCGGAGAAUUUGAUAAGUUACUUGAGCUUAUCCGAUAUAAAGAAGGUGUUUAAACGCGCUUUCGCUCGAUGGGGAUCGGUGAUUCCGGUGAGCUUUAUAGAGACAGAUGAUUAUGGUUUCGCUGAUAUUAAAAUAGGAUUUUACAGUGGGGAUCAUGGAGAUGGAGAACCAUUCGAUGGGGUUUUAGGAGUGCUGGCCCACUCAUUUUCACCAGAAAGCGGCAGGUUUCAUCUGGACGCUGCGGAAACGUGGGCCGUUGAUUUCGAAUCGGAGAAAUCAAAGGUUGCGGUAGAUUUGGAAUCAGUGGCUGUACAUGAGAUUGGACACUUGUUAGGGUUAGCCCACUCUUCAGUUAAUGAAGCAGUGAUGUACCCUAGCUUGAAGCCUGGGAAAAAGAAGGUGGAUUUGAGUGUAGAUGACAUACAAGGAGUCCAAGCUCUCUAUGGAUCUAACCCUAAUUUCACCCUUGGGUCCUUGUUAGAGUCUGAUAUUUCUACAAAUCAUGCCCUUCAUCCAAGACUCAGAUCUUCCAAGUGGCCCACGUUGAUUGCGGCUUUAACAUUGAUGCUUUAUCUGUGCAUGUAAUUUUUGAUGGUGAUCAUUCCAUAAAUCUUUUCUCCAGUGCAUGCACCACAGGCCCUUCCAUACACAGACUCGACCCACUAUGUAAAAUCAUAACAUUCAUAUACUGAUUAUUUUUUUCUAAAUGAUUAUUAGGGUUUGCAUAUUCUUUAAUGUAUGGUUUAAUCGUUAAUUAAUGUCUUUUACUUUAA